UUUCCUCUAUUAGUCUCUGUUUCUUGAUAACGCGAGAUUACUCUUCUUUUUGUAAGGAAAAGGAAGCUAAAAUAUCUUCUUAUUAAUUAAUGUGGCCGUAAUUUCUCUUUAACAAUGUAAGGACUCUUCUCAAUAUGAACAAGGGCUGUUUGAAAGAAAGGGACCAUGAAAGGAUUUGGCCCUUUGGGGCUUCAUGUUUCCAUGCUGUAAUUACUUAGGACCAGGAACUAAUGUAAACAAUGAGGAGGAAGCACUUGGUGGCCAUUGUAGUGGUGAUUUUCCUCACCUGGAAUUUGCUGAUGUAUUAUAUGCUAGUCUCAAAGAACCCUGGGAAGACUGGUUCUGGCUCUGUAGAAGACCAGCUUAGAGGUCUCCAAGGUGACAUCCAUCGACAGCUCUCGCAAAAUUCGGAACUGCUGCAACAGCUACGUAAGUUUCGAGAGCAAAAAUUAGCAGAGAAACUUGACAGAGAAAUCCAUAAGACGACUACACCUGUUCCGUUAAACGUUGACAAAAUUAUCCUCCCCAUCCUCCUCAUCGCCUGUGAUCGGACGACGGUCAGUCGUAGCCUUGAUCUCCUCCUCAAAUACAGACCAAAUAAAGACAAAUUUCCAAUCAUUGUAAGUCAAGACUGUGGACAUAAACCAACUGCUGAUGUCAUACAACGUUACGUGGUGGAUCACGGAGUUCAGCAUAUUAAGCACCCCAAUACAAGUGAUAUUCACCUUCCCUGGCCCCAGAAGAAGUUCCAGGGUUACUACAAGCUGAGUCGGCACUACAAAUGGGCGCUCAAUCAGGUGUUCCACACCUAUAAUCAUUCUGCUGUGAUCAUCGUAGAAGAUGACUUAGAUAUAUCCCCUGAUUUUUAUGAGUAUUUUUCUGCGACAUUCCCUAUCCUGCAUCAGGAUCCCAGCCUGUGGUGUGUGUCAGCCUGGAACGAUAAUGGAAAAGUGGAGAUGGUGUCCGAUGAUGCAGAAUUAUUAUACAGAACAGAUUUUUUCCCUGGUCUUGGCUGGAUGAUGGAGAAGUCCACCUGGCUGGAACUUGGACCCAAAUGGCCAAAUGCAUUUUGGGAUGAUUGGAUGAGGCAUCCUGACCAGAGGAAGGGGCGGGCCUGUAUCAGACCCGAAAUCUGCAGGACCAGCACCUUCGGCAAGAAAGGGGUCAGCAAGGGGCUGUUUUAUGAAAAACAUCUCAAAUUUAUAAAAUUGAAUAACAAAUUUGUGCCUUUCACAAAGAAAGAUCUUACAUACCUAAUGAAGGAUAAAUAUGAUGCCUAUUUUACAAAACUGGUGAAAGAGACACCAGAGGUGACAGUAGCAGAGGCCAUGGCAGGUCAUAAGUCAAACCUAAAGGCCUUAAAAAUUUUAUACUCUACCAAAGAAGAAUUCAAAUCCACAGCUAAGAAACUGGGUAUUAUGGAUGACUUUAAGGCUGGAGUCCCGAGAGUGGCCUAUAAUGGUGUGGUCAGUUUUAUGUACCGGGGUCAGAGGAUCUACCUGUCCCCACCCCCAAACUGGAAAGGAUACGACCCUAAGUGGUCAUGACCCAGGCUGCUGGUCAUAGUAUUAUGUCUAAUCCAAAUCCAGGCCAAGGGUACCAUCAUCACACAAGUAAAUGCAGAUCCAAUGAUGUUACAAUAUUUUUCUGAUAUUUUUUUUCUCUUUUUUAAAAUGUUUUAUUUAAAAUUGUGUCGAGUCUGGUAUGGAAAACAUAGAUGCAAAGAUGAUAUUUAGUUCAAAUUGCAGAGAGAGAGAAAGAGAGAGUGUGUGUAGCUUUGUGAUAAAUAUGCAUGUUCGUCAGGAUGGUGCAUGUAAUGUGACAGUUUUGAAAAGUGAUAAUCCUUAUCAUUAUGAAUACUUUCCUUCUGGAGGUGUAGAUUGAUGUAGGAAAUGUGUGGAAGGUUUUACAUUUAUAUUUUGACUCCCUAUUUCAUUACUACAUUGAUUUUUAAAUGAUAUUUACAUGUGAAUUUAUCUACACUUACAAUCUCUGAUUGAAACUACGUAGUUUAUUUAUUUUCCCUGUAAAAUAGCAAGUAAACGAGAUUAGUUAAAGGAUAAUUGAGGAUCUUUUAGGCUAAAGUCGACAAAUUACAAUCAGCUGUGUAAAAGUAAAACUUUAAGUGACAUAUUUGAUAUACAUGUACCUAUAAUUUUUUACUAUGGAAUGAAGUUUUUUUAUUUCAUUAAGGUUCUCAAUAAGGUGCCAUAUAUUAUUUUGGUGAUAUUAUUAAAGCAUUGAGUUCUUAUUUAUGGAUAUUAAUUGUCAGCACUUGACUAUAAGCUGACAAAUUGAAAACCCCACAUUUUCAUUUUGAAGGAGGGUGUUUAUCUAUCAAAACGAUAAAAUCUUGAUUUGGAUUAUGAGGUACAAUAUUUAAAUUUUUUUUCAGUAUUUUAUUUUCAUACAAGUAUGGGUAAUGGCAUGUGAAUCUUUUCUCUUUAAGUACUACACUGUAAUUUAAAUGCAAUAUUUAUUCUUUUUAAUUCUAUGUUGUUUUGUUUUGAUACUCCUGUCUGAUUGAAUUUUUAUUGUUUCUUAAGUUACUUAGAGGUAGUUUAUGCUAUAGUUAAAACAAACAAGCUUGAAAUGUAAUUUACACUUUGCCCUGUUCUAAGUAUUAGCGAGAAAUUUCAGCUAGAACAAUAUAUAGCAAAUGGUGCGCAAAUGUAUUUUUUAUUUUGCUGGAAGUUUAGCUUUUUUAAUCGUCAUAUAGUAGAUACCACAUGUGCAAAUAGUAGUUAAGGUUCUUGAACUAGAAUGUUUUAUCAAAAUUAUAUAAAAAAGUGUUAUAAAAGGUAAUGCCUCAAAAUUCAAAGAAAUAGCAAGAUUUUGUCCUGGUUUGAAACAAGUCAAAAUUGAAAGCAUAUUUUUGUGUAUCAAAUUGUUUUUAUUGAAUAAUUUUGUCUAGUCUACAAUGUCCUUAUUGCAAUAUAAAUGUUUGAAUAUUUUGAAUAUUUUAAUAACGAAUAUCUAUGAAAAAAUGUAAAGUUAUUCAUAAGCUUACAUUGUUUUAAGACCUUUGCACUGAAAUCAUUACAGUAUGUUCAUACAUGUAUUGAAAUGUAGGGAAAUUUAAAUGCACCAGUACAUGUAGUUCGUA